AUGUCCGAGAUAGUCGACGAGAUCUUGGCAGCUGCUGUGGAAGAUUUCUUCCAAUUCCUGCAGUGCCAGCUGCACUUGGAGGCAGCAAUUCUUCUUGACUACGAGCUUCCGCUAGAAGAUCCCAAAGCUCGCAGCUUUUGGCCACUCUUCCGAGCCUGGGUGCGGCCAAACCUCGGCAAAAAGGAACUGGAAAAGUGGGUGCCUUUCCACACCGUCCUCGGGCCCCACGACUUCUUCGUCGUAACGCAGAUCCUCCAGAAUGCUGCUCUCCCAUGGAGCUCUUGGCAACGGUUCGUGGCAAUGUUUGUAUUUCGAGCGCACUGCAAAAGCAAUCUCUUCCAAGAGGCCCAGCUGCCUGAGAUGCUACAAGAGGACUUCUGGAAGGAUCCCAAAAGUCAUUUCGCUGACAAUGGAAAAGUGAUUGCUGCCAUGCUGGACUUCCGUCGCUCCACACGUGAGGCUGUGCAAACAGGCGCCUUCAGGUCCAUUCCGCAGCGUCUCUGUAAAGAUGAUGAUGAGAACCUUGUCAGGAAUGUUGCUCGACGUACGCAGACACUGCUGGACGUUGCUACUAAAGUCUGGCCCAUGCUUCAGGACCACACUCUUUCCAGCUCAGAGAAGUUUCGGCAGAUCUCAGGAACCAUCCAGUCUGCACACGGCCUCGGAGAGACCUGGACCAAGACGCUGAUGGUCACAAUCGAUAUUGCUUAUCCAGAAUUGAAGAUCCUCUCCGAGACCUGCAACGUGGGGUUGGGGGCCUUAAAGGCCUUGAAGCGCCUGGCGCCGGAUCACAAGAACGAACCGAAGUACUGCCAACAGAGCCUUACCCAAGUCACGGCGGCCGCCAACAUGUCGACAUCUGACGCUGCCAGUGGCUUCUGGUCCAUGCUGGAUCAACUCGAAGUCCGGGCAAGGCAGCGCUUUGUGACUUUCCCGCUGAUCGUGGCCCAGGUGAAGACUCCACGAGGUCAGCUCAGCGUUGCAACGGUACAGGUUCAGCUGUGUGAAUGGCGCCAGUUCCAAGAGUUCCUCGACAAAUCAGGCUGUCCGACGAAGCCCUUGGCGCAACCAGUGCAGCCUGCGAAGCACGAAUCAUCGGGCAUAUCGGAUGCCUUUGAGCUGCCAAUGCCAAAGAGGCAAUGCGUUAAAGCUUGGGAAGAUCUGGAUCUUCUUCCAGGGCCAUUCUCUGCAGCAUCUUCUGCGCGAUCUGCUGCAGGGCACACAGAAGCAGAGGUGGAGGUCAGCACGGACUCAGAGGACCGGUUCCUUUCUGCAGCUGCGCAGCUGCUGGAGACGCUUAAGGAGCAAGUCAUGAAGGCCGGCAUGCUCGGGAGUGAUUCAGCGCUGUAG